AUGGCGACCAAGGAGAAUAGCUUAAGGGACAAGCAAGUUGCCUCUAUUAAGCGGAUCCUCAACCUAAACCAUGACCUCGAGACAAACGACUCGGAGGAUGCGAAUGCCAACGGCGGCGUCCGCGCCACUUCAGCCCAGAUACUGACCACCGAAGGCGAACCGAUCUGGAAGGUCCUUGUCUUUGAUGACCUCGGCCGCGAUGUCAUUAGCAGUGUGCUCAGGGUCAGCGACUUACGCUCUAUGGGAGUCACUAUGCACAUGCACAUCGGAGCAUCGCGACACCCCAUUCCCGAAGUUCCAGUAAUAUAUCUCGUCGAACCUACUUCGAAGAACCUACAGUUGAUUACAGGCGAUCUCCAGAAGGGACUCUACUCUCCCGCGCAUAUCAACUUCCUCUCCUCCUUACCCCGAGUCCUUCUUGAAGAGUUCGCUGCGGAAACUGCAGCUGCCGGAACGUCCGAACAUAUCGCGCAGCUCUUCGACCAAUAUCUUAACUUUAUCGUUGCGGAACCGAAUCUCUUCAGUCUCGGGCUGCAGAAGGAGCACACGUACUGGGCUUUGAAUAGCGCAAAGACGAGUGAUGCGGAGCUUGAGCGGGUGGUCGACAGGAUUGUAAGCGGCUUGUUUAGCGUUGUCGUAACACUUGGCGUCAUUCCCAUUAUCCGAUGUCCCAAGGGUGCUGCUGCUGAGAUGAUUGCGACGCGACUUGACCGCAAACUCCGAGACCAUAUCCUCAACUCCAAAGAUAACCUCUUCUCACCAGGCGCUCGACCUACUUCCUCGGCCAGCGGCACACCCACAUCUCGUCCUGUUCUCAUCAUUCUCGACCGAAACGUUGACCUAAUCCCGAUGCUCUCACAUUCGUGGACAUACCAGUCCCUUGUCCACGAUGUGCUUAACAUGAAACUCAACCGCAUUACUAUUGAAACCCCUAUAGACGAGAAUAAUCCCAGCAAGGGCACUUCCAAGAAGAGCUAUGAUCUCACGGCGAAUGAUUUCUUCUGGGCAAAGAAUGCGGCUCUCCCCUUCCCCCAGGUUGCUGAGGAUAUUGACGCCGAACUCACACGGUACAAGGAGGAAACAGCAGCGAUUACCAAGAGGACCGGUGUCGCCGACCUGGAGGACUUGCAGAAUGAUACCAGUGCGAGCGCCCAGCACCUCAAGGCAGCCAUAACGUUGCUGCCAGAGAUGAGGGAACGGAAAAGUAUCCUUGACAUGCACAUGAAUAUCCUCGCGGCCCUACUUACCGGAAUAAAAGACCGACAACUCGACAGCUUCUUCGAGAUCGAGGAGAAUGUCAUGAAGCAUACCAAGGCACAGAUACUCGAGAUUAUCAAGGACAAGACGAAAGGCAACCUCCCAAUUGACAAGCUCCGGCUAUUUGUGAUUUGGUUCUUAAGCACCGAACUCGACGUCAGCCGUUCCGAAUGGGAAGAGUUUACACAGGCCUUUAGCGAGUUGGGCGUUGACGUGGAAUCGCUGGCUUAUAUCCGACAAGUCCGCGCCACAACAAAGAUGACCCAAUUAACAACCAUCAACAGCACCUCGGCGGCCCAACAGUCAUCCUCCACCGACCUCUUCCAGCGUUUCUCCUCCAUCUCUAAUCGGCUUACCGAUCGACUCAAGGAAACUGGUGUUCCGACCGGUCUGUCCUCCAACUUCGAAUCCCUCAUCGGCGGCAUCAAGAACUUCCUCCCCGCGAAUCGCGACCUCACCAUUACCAAGAUUGUUGAGAGCAUAAUGGAUCCCUCCACAGCAUCUAGUUCGGCCAUCGCCAAGACGGAGAAUUACCUCUACUUCGAUCCUCGGUCCGCCAAUGCCCGCGGCACCAUGCCUCCGCCAAGCGCGAUCCGCUCCGGCGGCGCCAACCCCCCCGGCUCCAUGCCCGGCGCAACCGGCCUCGGUGCUCACGGAGCCGGCACUGGCGCGAGUUUCGGCCAAAGGAGGCAGGGCUUCACCGAUGCCGUCGUGUUUACCGUCGGCGGUGGGAGCAUGGAUGAGUAUGGCAACCUACAGGAGUGGGUGGCGAGGACAGGCGGCGACCGCGCGAAGAAGCGAGUCGUCUAUGGAAGCACGGAGCUAUUGAACGCCAGGGAGUUUAUCAAGGAGGAGCUUGAGAAGUUAGGAAAGGAAAUUAGCAGCUAA